AUGGCCAAAUAUACCGAAGAAGAGUUAUUGCAAUUGAAACCGACCGAAGAUGUGUCUGCAAACUUCGAUGUUGACGGUUUCAAGACGAUGAUCGCCGAAGUUGCUGAACACCACGAAAUUGCCGACCUGUUCCACCAAAAGGCACGUAGAAGAUCGUCUCAUCAUCAUGCUGUGAGACCCAAAAUUAAGGCUCAUAAGCCAAAGAUCACUAAGGAUGAGGAAGGGUGGUGCACAUCCACAAGAAAAGCCUCUGUAGUGGCUGUUGGGGAUGAUGGGGAACCGUCACCUGCUUUUGUUGCUCAAGAAACUUUGAGAGUUAAACCAAAUAAUAAGAAUAUUGCCUCUUCAAGACCUGCUGAUACCAGAGACAUUGUUACCGAUAAGCCCACCAUGACAUUUAAUGCUUUUGCUGCUUUGGAAAGCGAUGAGGAAGACCAAGUUUAA